AUAAAACCCAGUGUGUUCUCUCUCCCGCGUCGGAAUUCCCAGAAGGAUUUUUUACGCCGCAGGAACGAGAAGAAGGAGGCAUCAUUAUCUAUUUCAUAAUCAUCCUUUAUAUGUUCCUGGCUGUGUCCAUUGUGUGCGAUGAUUACUUCCUACCUUCCCUGGAGAUUAUCAGCGACUCUCUUGGCCUCUCCCAGGAUGUCGCAGGAGCCACGUUUAUGGCAGCUGGAAGCUCUGCGCCCGAACUAGUCACCGCUUUUCUAGGGGUUUUCGUCACGAAAGGAGACAUCGGGGUCAGCACCAUCCUCGGUUCUGCAAUCUACAACCUCCUUGCAAUCUCCGCCGCAUGUGGGCUCCUGUCGAGCAUGGUGUCGAGAAUUUCUUGUUGGCCGUUAUUCCGAGACUGUCUGGCGUACACAAUCAGCGCAGCGGCGGUUCUUGCCAUGAUAAUUGACAACAAGGUUUACUGGUAUGAAUGUGCUUCGCUGCUGCUAAUAUACGGAGCGUACAUUUUGGUGCUCUGUUUUGACAUUAAAAUCAGCCAGUACAUCAUGAAGAAGUUUAGCCCCUGCUGUAACUGCUUUGAAGUAAACGGGGAUGAGGCUGAACACCAGCCGCUAACUGGAUGGAAGGAGACUGGCCCCCUUAUUCGUCGACUCUCAAGAGCAGACAGUGGGAUUUUUCAGGACGAGUCUGAUUAUUCUCAGCUUUCAAUGAGCUUUCAUGGACUAGAUACCAUUUCCGAAGACCCGCCGAGCACCUUCACUGUGCCCGAAGCAGACCUGAAAAGGAUCCUGUGGGUCCUCUCUCUCCCGAUUCUUCUCCUGCUCUAUCUGACAACACCCGACUGCAGGAGGAAGUUUUGGAAGAACUGGUUCAUGCUUACGUUCCUCAUGGCGGCGCUGUGGAUCGCCGCAUUCACGUACAUUCUCGUGUGGAUGGUAACCAUAGUGGGGGAAACUCUGAAAAUUCCAGAAACCGUAAUGGGUCUGACGUUACUAGCAGCGGGGACAAGCAUACCAGACACAGUCGCGAGCGUGCUGGUGGCCAGGAAAGGAAGAGGAGAUAUGGCCAUGUCAAACAUCGUGGGAUCCAAUGUCUUCGAUCUGUUGUGUUUAGGAUUACCCUGGUUUAUCAAGACGGCCUUCGUCGACACGUCAGGUCCCGUGGCGGUGAACAGCAGCGGCCUGACGUACACCGCCAUUUCUCUUGUCUGCUCCAUCGCUUUCGUUUUUCUGGCGGUUCACCUGAACGGCUGGAAACUGAACAGAAAACUCGGGGCAGUCUUCCUAGUGAUGUAUUUGGGAUUUGCAGUAUUAUCAAUUCUAUACGAACUUGGAAUUAUAGGAAAUAAUCCUAUCAGGGUCUGCGGUGACUAA